AUGUCUCGAUUUGUUACCCCUGGUGCUUCUUCCCUUUUUGUGAGAGCCAUUUCUCAACAUGCGCACAAGCAUCACACAACAUUCCAUUGUCAAAGCCCAGUAACCUACAAUCACUAUAACAGAACUAGUCGGAGAAACUACAGCUCAAGGCCAGCCGAUUUAAAUCAUUCUCUUCAUCUUGUCAGACCCAAGGUCACGCUUGCAACACUGCGUAAACUCUACAAACGUGGAGAACCUAUCACAGUUAUGACUGCACAUGACUUUCCUACAGGUACACUAGUGGACAAGGCUGGAAUCGAUAUGACACUUGUGGGUGAUUCACUCGCAAUGGUCGCGCUCGGCUAUACAUCCACUUCUGAGAUCACACUUGAUGAGAUGUUGCAUCAUUGUAGAGCUGUUGCUCGUGGAACUCGAUCUAGCUUCUUAGUAGCGGAUAUGCCAUUUGGAACAUAUGAGACCAGUCCCGAGCAGGCUAUCGCAAAUGCAGUUCGGAUCAUUAAAGAGGGAAAAGCAGAAGCAGUGAAACUGGAAGGAGGAAAAGAGAUGGCACCCACAAUCACACGGUUGACUCAGGUUGGUGUCCCGGUCUUGGGUCACAUUGGAUUGACUCCGCAGAGACAGGCCAGCCUAGGAGGAUAUAAAGUUCAAGGAAAGACAGUGGCCAAGGCCAAGGCCAUGAUUGAAGAUGCUUUGGCCUUGCAACAGGCUGGAUGCUAUGCCAUUGUCUUGGAGGCUGUUCCCGAACCUGUGGCCCGACACAUCACCAACAUCUUGUCGAUCCCAACAAUCGGCAUCGGUGCUGGUGCGGGAUGUUCAGGUCAGGUCCUGGUGCAGCAAGACAUGCUGGGAUUGUAUGGCCGUGUGCCAAGGUUCUGUAAAACGUACAGGAAUCUGGCUGACGAGAUUGUAGGAGCUUUGAAGGAAUAUAGCCAAGAUGUCAAAUCUGGAGCAUUUCCCGCAGAGGAGCACUGUUAUCCCAUGCCUGAAGCUGAACAUCUAAAGUUCAUGAGGAUGAUUGAGCAAGACCAACAACGACAACAUCAUAAUCAAGGAGAGAGGGAGGAUAGCGAUAAGGCUGAUCAAAAACACAUUGCCUCUGCAACAGGUGGACAUGCUUAG